AUGCCUCUGAAAUAAAAUAAAUAUUUAGAAAAAAUAGUUGCUUUAAUUUAAAGAGCAAUUAAUUUUGCCAAUUCUAAUAAAACACAUUUAACAAUAAUAGCUUUGAUGCUGCUUCCCACUGUAUUUUGCAUGAUUAUUACAUUUUUAAGUAUAAAAAUAUCGCAAUUAAUUACUUAACACCUAAUAGAUGAGUUUGCUGAAAAACUUUUUGAAGAUCAGAUUUAAGCAUCUUAAAUCUUAAAUACUGGAAUCGUUUUUUAGCUUAACUUUUAAAUGUAGAAAUUAGUAUGGCAAAUUAAUCUUUUAAAUGAAUUUUAAGGAAAUUUAAUUUAGAAUAAAGUCAAAAAAAACAGUAAUCAUAUUCCUACUAUUCUAAAUAUCGAUAGAGCUUAUAAUAACGAUGAAAAUCCUUUAAUCAUGAACUUAUUUUAGAAAAAUGAUAUAUACGUUAGCUCUUGGCAUUAAGUAAAUGAAACAUAUUUGAAAGAUCUUAAUUAAAUUUAAAUUUAAUAAAUGGAUUAUGCUGUGAGAUAAGAUUCUAUUUGGAAAGCAAUAAAAUAUGAAAAUGACAAUUAAAAUCAAAGGUAUCUAAAAAUAGAUGAUAUUCAGAUAGGGUAUGACUAAGGUGGGUUAUUCUAUUUGACAGGUAAAAACAUAACCUAUAAUAGCUAUGAAAUACCUUCAGGGUGUCCAUACACAGGAUAAUUCAGAUUUGAUGUGCGUUGUAGAUUCUACUAUCAGCCAACUAUGAACAAUAUAUCUAUUGCUAUUUUUGAUCCUUAAAUUAUUUACAAUAAUGUAACACCUUAUUUAGGAAGUAUCUUUUGUCAAAGAAGAUUAAAGUAUUAAAACACAAACCUAAGCGAUGAUGGCUAGAUAUAUUCGUUGCUCUGUAUCACUUUAGAUAUUUCUUAAGUUUCAAAUUAUUUUCUUAAUUUUGCCUCAAAUUCAGUUGCAAAAAUUGUCUUAGACCCUAGAAAACUCACUAUUGUAUAUGAUUCUUAAUAAAAAAUAACCAGUGUAGGAUUAAAUACUUUGUAUUAAACUGAGAUAGACUUUUUAUAAAAUAAAAUUGAUGGGCAAAACUUUUUAGAAAAUAUAAAAUAAAUGUCUUAAUUUGUUUUAGAUAGCUAAGACUCUAUAAAAGAGCUAAACUUAAGCCCAAAAUCUAUAUAAAAUGACUUCUAAUACAACAGAAACGGAACAGAAUGCUUUGUUUCACAAAAUCUCAUCACAGUAAUCGAUAAAGUACCAAAAGGAGAGACACUUAAGAAAAUUAAUCCUUCUAAGAAGUUCUAACUCAAAGGCGUGUUUAUCUAUCUCGAUUUGAUAUCUAAAUAAAAAAUGACUCAAUAUUCUUAAAAUCUAACAGAUUCUAUUGAAAAUUUAAAUCAUGUGCAAAUUUAUUGUUCUUUAUCUCUUCUAAUUAUAUUAAUUGGCUUUAAGCUCUAUUAUUCUAUAAUUUUAGGUUACCAAAUUUUAUAUCCAAUAGCUCAUUUGACAAAUGUUCUUAAAUAAAUUUAGAUUGUGAGUUAAAAAGAUAAAAAGUCAGUUUAAAAAAAAAAAUAAUUCACUUAAAAUUUAGAUUCGCCCUGUCUAACUACUGAUAAAUCAAAAUCAUCAUAUUAUUCAGAUAAUGAUAGUUUUAAUUAAAUUUAAAUCAGUUUUGAUGUUGAUUAGGAUUUUGAAGGUGUUUGCUUUUCUCAAGAUACUUAAGAGUUACUAUUCAUCUUUUAAAAUAUGUUUUAAAUUUUACAAUCAAUAAAUAAACAUUUUUUUAACUAAGAUGAAAGCGCCAAGCUGUUAAAAUUAAAUAGAUAAGUUAAGCACUUUGAAAGUAUAAAGAAUUAUAGUUCUUUGGGAGUUUGCUUUAAUAAUAUAGGAGUAAUACAUUACAAUAAUCAAAGGUACUAGGAGUCUAUAAAAAAUUUUUAAAAAUCAAUUAUAUAUGCAAACUACGAAUUAAAUGUUUAUUCCCACAAUAAUCCAAAAUAUGACAGCAGUAAUAAACACAAAUCUGAAAAUUAAAACAUAAAAGAUUAAAACAAAUAGGACACAUAUUUGGAAUAUUUAAAUUUUUAAUAAGAAGGUGAAGAUACUUACAGUUUAAAGGAAAUUGAGUAGCUCUACUAGAACUUGUAUAACAGAAAAUUAAAUUUAGUCAAAGCUUUAUUUCAUUUUUUGAUAGACAACCCAGGUAUGUGGGAUAUUUUCUAAGAAAAGGGUUCAGAGUUGUUGCAAUUGACUAAGAAUUUUUUAGGUUAAUCAAAAGAAAGAGAAAUGCUAACUCAUUACGUAAUGUUAAAGAGUUUUUACUUUACUAAUGAAUUGUCAAGGGCUAAAGAUACUUUGAAUAUACUUAGCGAUUUAUAUACUAAUAAAUUUGAAAUAAAUGAGCACUAAAAAAAUAAAAAAUAAGAAUAAUGUCAAUUCUAAAUUAUGAACGAAAUUUUCUAUUAAAAUAAAGAGUGUUAUGUAGGUUAACUAUUGAUAUCACCUAUUAGAGAAAGUAAAAAAUAAAACCCUAACUCAAUAAGAAGCAAAAAGGGAUAAAGUUUUUCAAAUAAUUCCCAGAAAUAAGAUAAAGAUGAGUCUUUUUUGCUUUAGGAGUUAAUAAACCAAGAAAAAUAAAAAGAUCCACUUCAAAUAAAAGAAAAUUUUUUUGAAACAUAAAAUAACUCAGUAGAUACAGUUCAAUAUGAAAGUAAAAAGAAAAACUCCAAUGAUAAAAAUUAAUUAAAUUUAGAGUAAAGCAGCUAAAACAUAGAUACGUAUUAUAUGAGACCUAAAGUGAACUCCAUAUUUAAAAAGUAAUUAGAGCACAGAAGCAAAUUAUAAAGAGAAGAAAAUAUUUAGGAUAAUUUAGAAAAGGGAAAGUAAGAAAAGUUUCAUUAAAAAUUUAUAAACUUGUGCUAAAAUUAAUAUUCAAUGGAAUAUAGUAGAAGAUAUACUAGUUAAUACCCAUUAAAUAGUUAAAAAACAAGAAUAAUCAGAACCAACAAAUAAGAUAAAUAAACUAACAUUACUUUUUACAAGCUUAAAAAAACUAAAAAAAAAAAUUAAUAAUCCGAAGAUUAUGAAUUUAAUUCAGAUAUUUAUUUUUAGUAUUACGCUCUAAGCCAAGCCUAAUAUUAAAUUAAAAUUAAUAAUUAAUAUACAGCAGCUACUAUCUUAACAAACUGCUUUGAAAAAUGUAAAUACUAUUUACCUCAUUUAAAGUUGCAAGCUCUAAAUAUGCUACAUAGGAUAUUUAGCUAGUGCAACAUAAAAGACGAAUUCUUAGAAGAAAUGAAGACAUCUUAUGAAUAGAUGCCAGAGUUAGGAGGAUGUGUUUGGAUUAAUAAAUUAUCAGUAUAAAGACCAUAUUUAUGA